AUGACCUCCUCGGCUGCCUCCCAGUCCGACGAACGCAGUGUGGAGCUGGGAGGUGGGGGGUGCCCAAGGCGUUCCGUGCGGGCCAGGCGGCUGGCUGGGCCCUGCUGGCCGCCACGCAGCGCCACCGAGCACCGCCUUCGCCCGGCCCCGGGUCCUGCGGGACGCCCCCCCCCCAGGUGUUCGGUGCCGCCCGCUGCGCUCCCGCCCCGGGGGAUCGAUCGGCGGGCGGCGACGCGCAGCCGGGGCUCCCAGCCUUCGCCUCCGCCCCCUCCCCCGCCCGGGCUGCGCAGGACGCGGCCUCCGAGCAGCGUCCUCGCGGUUCCGGGCCGCGGCCAGACCGGGCUCCGGGCCAGCCGGGGAGGUGGAGACGCGCCUGGCCUUUCCGAUCCGCCCCGCCCCGCCCCUCUGCCCCGGGUUUUGGGGAAACCAGACGAAAGCGAGCCCAAUUACUGUGCUUGCCGCACCCGGCUCCCCGUCUUCGCCCACCCUGGCUCCAAAUACCCCCUCGGGCGCGCGCUUAACCCUGUGCGCGCCGGGAGGCCGCAGCUAGGGAGGCGGCAGCUAGACCGGGCUGGGGGGCGGGGGGAGGAAGAGGAAAGAAAGCUGGCCUGCGCGCGGGCCCCGCUGGGCUUGGGCGCGCGACGGGGGCACCCGAGAGCAAAAGGCAAGGGGCGGGUGUGUCGGGGAGCACCUCCGGGCCAGACCGGGCCCUCGGCCGGGCCCCGAGCUAACAAAAUCCAAAUCAAAAGCCCACGGCUCGCCGAGGCCGUUGUGCGCGCGUGCUGGCAGCCGCGGCGGUGGGCGGUUGUGUCGGCUUUAGCGAUCACAUAUGAAAUAUGGUCCCGGGGGCGCGGAUCUCCAGGCCGGGGGAGCCUGGCGACUGAGCGCGGAGUGGGAAGCGGUGGGCGCCUCGGGCCAGCCUGGGGAGGCCUCCGGACGCUGGGAAAGGAUGGGCCGGCGGACGCCGCAGCCCCCCACGCGUCCCGCUUCGGCGCCUGCGACCCCGGCGUGUCGCAAUGCGGAGGCACGGCCCCGCAGGGCCUGUGUGGCCCCGAGGGUGUCCAGGUCCUGCCAAAGGGCCACUGCUCGCUGCCCCGGCCCCCUGAGCCCGCGGCCCCGCCCGUGAACGCGGCCGGCCCCGGUCUCUCUGCACCCCCGGACCCAGCGCCACGCGGUUCUUGGAGUGGGACCGGGGGACGUCAGGGGCUUCGCGGCGCCGAUGAAAACAAAUCCUUCGCGGGCGGUGCGAGAAGGGGCGAGAGCGGGGGCGGGGGACGCGUCGAGGAGAUCCCGCAUAAACAAAGCCGUCCUUCCCGGAGCGCGCAGGGGAAGGGGUGGGGGGCUCCCGCGCGCCCUCCCUCCCGCCCCCCACCCCGGCAGCCCCACCGGAGUUCCCGGCCUCCCCCGGGUCGAUUCCUUUGCCCUGCCCUUCGAAGCCGGAACCUACUGCUGGACGAGGGAACGUCGCUCCUCUCCGGGGGCCCCUGGAGGCCCCUGGGGGCCCCCGCCCGCGGUGAUAUCCGGAGGGCUUCUGCUUCUCAGCAGGGCCGACAAAAGUACCCCCGGCCCCGAAGACAGCCCUCCUCCUCAACCCGGGGAGUAAGCCCCGAGAGAGCUGCCUCUAAGCAACCACGGAAGCCAGUGUCGCUCGGUGGAGAAGCGUGGGCUGUGCACGUCAACCUGCGCGUGCAACGUCGAACCCUCCGAAGACUUUCCCUGGGGUCCUGGGAGGCUUGGGGCACUGGCCCUCCUCAGAAUGGCAUGCUCCCUGUCAGGUCUACCCACCACGACCCCGACGAACUCGCGGGCCCACCGGGGGCGCCCUCGGAAGGCCACAUCUGGCACAGCAGCUCCCCCAGCCGGACGCAAGAGCUGAACACCCCUGAGUGUGCGGGCGAGCCGGCUCCGAGCUGCUCCUUUGUCCUGGCCUUCGCCUCUCCGUGCUCCUUGCCUCCUCCAAGUCCUCAGUCUUCUCACCCUUUCUCUCCCUUCCUCGCCUUCCCAAAUGCCAGGAGCCCGGCGGGGCGGGGCGAGGCGGUGGGCACCAAGGAGCCCCUCCGGACGGACGUAGUUGGGAGCAACUGGAAAGUGUGGCGGAUGCCUCCGUGGCCCCCAGCAGGGAUCCCCGGGCCGCGGGAGAAACGGCGCCGAGGGUGGGGUCGGGAGAGGUCCGAGUCUACGGCUGCGGCUCGGCGCGGGCCCAGCCAAGGCCGGGGCCCUCCGGUAGGCCGGGCUGCACCAAUCCGAGGCGCGGCCCGCCCCCUGACGCCGAGCUGGGCCCUGCGAGGCCCCGCCCGCUGA